CGGGCGGAGGCGUGGUCCUCUGAGCCUUACCGCCCGUCCCUCCGGCUAGAGAAGGACGUAGAGGGCGGCCGAGCAGCCAGUCGGUUCCCGCGCGUCCUGAGACUCCACGGCUUCGCACCCCCACGACCUCGCAGCAUGGCCGUCAAGAAGAUUGCCAUCUUCGGCGCCACCGGCAGGACCGGGCUCACCACGCUGGCUCAGGCGGUGCAAGCAGGUUAUGAGGUGACAGUGCUGGUGCGCGACUCCUCCAGGUUGCCCUCGGAGGGGCCCCAGCCGGCCCACGUGGUAGUGGGCGAUGUUCGGCAGGCAGCCGAUGUGGACAAAACCGUGGCUGGGCAGGACGCUGUCAUCGUGCUGUUGGGCACCGGCAAUGACCUCAGUCCUACCACGGUGAUGUCCGAGGGUGCCCAGAACAUUGUGGCGGCCAUGAAGGCCCAUGGCGUGGACAAGGUCGUGGCCUGCACCUCGGCCUUCCUGCUAUGGGACCCGACCAAGGUGCCCCCACGACUACAGGAUGUGACCGAUGACCACAUCCGGAUGCACAAGGUGCUGCAGGAUUCAGGUCUGAAGUACGUGGCUGUGAUGCCGCCCCACAUAGGAGACCAGCCACUGACUGGGGCCUACACAGUGACCCUAGAUGGACGAGGGCCCUCAAGGGUCAUCUCCAAACAUGACCUGGGCCACUUCAUGCUGCGCUGCCUCACCACCGAUGAAUAUGACGGGCACAGCACCUACCCUUCCCACCAGUAUGACUAGGGCUCUGUCCCUGUCCAGGGGAAUGUGGGACAUCCUGGGAAAUGUGGGACAUCCUGGGAAAUGUGGAACAAAGGAAGGAAGCAAUAAAUCUUGAGCCAAGAUUCAGAUUAUAUUAGAAGGUCCAACUCUA